GCACAAAGCCUGGGAGGCAGCUAAUUCCUGCUGAUGGAUCCCAGAGCUCCUGAGUCUCUCUGUUGCUGAACGCCAGGACAGGAUUCCUAAAGGGUGGGAGCCUCACUGGGAUUUGCAAAACCACUGGGGAGCCUGGAACGUGGUUUGAAUUUUGCAGAGCCUUAAAGUUGUGUUGCAUUUAUUUUCCCACAUUGUCUUCUGUGUCUGUUCGAUUUUCCGAAUCCUGUGAAAGCAGAACUUGGAGGUGCUGCAGAAACCUGGGAAACGAGGAGUUAACGUGCUGCCAGUGUCCCAGACACCCAUAACAAGUGGAAUAGGAUCUGCUGGAGAGGGCCACGUGGAGAUUGUUGAGUUGGAGCAGCUGGGAAGGACUUGGCUCCUUCCAGUGGGGAGCUCCGUGCCCCUGGAAACUGUCCCUGGGAAUUCAGUGCCACGUUUCCCCUGGCUCACCUCAGCUCUUCCUCUGGGCCAACACCAUGUUUUUUUCAGGCAAAUUUAGGCCUGUUUAGCCCUGAAGUUGAGCAGGAACUCUCCAGAUGCCCCUCCUGGUGUGUCUCUCUCGGGCUCAGCUCCCCUGGCGAUGGUUUAUUGCGCUGCCCUGAACUGCCAGAACGCCACCAGCGGCACCUACAAGAACAGCUCCGUGACUUUUUAUGGGUUCCCCCUGCAAAACGAAGCCCUCCUGCGGCAGUGGAUCCACAACAUGGGCAGGGACAUGGGGACCCCCUCCAAGUACCAGCGCCUGUGCUCGGAUCACUUCGAGGAGAGCUCCUUCGAGAGGGACCCCCUGAAUGUGCGCAGGAACAGGAGGCUGCUGAAGGGGGCUGUUCCCAACAAAUUCAUCCUGGGCCAGGAUGGGAACUGGCUCGUGGGGACACCCCAGGGCUUCUGCGACGGGAUGGGGAACAGAACUCGGAAGCGAAUCCGGAGUCCCAAGCGCUGGAGGGUCACUGGGAAUUUUCUCUAUAGUGCUAGGGGGCCAACUUUGGAGGACUGGCAGAAUGAAUUUUACAAGACAAUCCUAAAGGAGAAUUAUGGAUCUUUAGCCGUGUCUGGAAAAGAUUAUCCUGUUCCCAAAAGCAAAGUCCCGGUGGGAGGAGCGGUGCAGGUCAAGGCUCAGCAGGAUUUGGAGGGAAGGAAGAUUCCUGCCAGCCUCAGCACAGGCUGUGGUGGUGCCAUGAUCAGAUCCCAGCAGCAGAGCGCAGAAGACACACAAGUUCAUGGAUCAUCCUCAAGAGGAUCCCAAAACCUGCCCUGGAACGUUCCGGGCAAGGGGGAGGCGUCGGAGAACCACCAGAAUUCCCCAGACAAGGCAAAUCCCGUGGGGAACGGAGGAGGCAGCAGCUCCCCUGCGGAAGGACGAGCCGGUGAAUCCAAACAGUCCCUCUGUGAGCAGCAGACCCAUCCCAAGGCGGCCCAGGUGCCGUGGUUCAUCUGCGCCGAGUGCGGCAAGAGCUUCGCCCGGCACGCCUACCUGCUCCGGCACCACAAGAUCCACACGGGGGAGAGGCCCCACACCUGCCUGGAGUGUGGCAAGAGCUUCCUGGAAAAGCUCAAGCUCACUAACCACCUGAGAACGCAUUUUAAUAUAAUCCACGUGCCAAAGGAUUUCAGCUGCUCCCGAUCCCAGCGAUGGAGCGGAUCCCGGUGCUGGUCGGUGGUGGCAGUGCCGGUGCCGCUGCCGGUGGCGGAGCCGCUGCCGGUGCCGGUAGGCGGCACUGCUCCGCGCUCCGCGCUCCCGCCGCUCCCCGCCCGCUGCCGCCCAGCCCGGAGGAGGCGGAUGCGAUUCCCCGGCUGCCCGUGGCUGCUCGGCGGGGCGGCGGGGCCCGGCCCUGCGCAGGCACCGACAGCGGCCCCGGCCCCGCGCCCGGCCCCGGCCCCGCUCCGCGCUCUCCCCGCCGCCGCCGCCGCCCGGCCCCGGCCCCGGCCCCAAUCCCAGCCCCGGCCGCGGCCGCCGGGCCCGGCCCAGCUCCUCGGGGCCAUGGCCGAGUGGGCGCCCGCCCAGGUGCAGGAGUGGAACAUGGAGGCCCCUCACCUGAUGCCGCUGCAGCCGCCGCUGCUGCCGGAGCGGGCGCACGUGCGGGAGGCGCAGCUGCACUCGGCAGAGGCCUCGCUCUGGACCGUGGUGGCCACGGUGCAGGCCAUGGAGAGGAAGAUCGACCUCCUGGCCACCCGCCUGCUCAGCCUGGAGGGCCGCUCCGGCACGGCCGAGAAGAAGCUCCUGGACUGCGAGAAGACGGCCAUGGAGUUCGGGAACCAGCUGGAGAGCAAGUGGGCCGUGCUGGGCACCCUCAUCCAGGAGUACGGGCUGCUCCAGAGGCGCCUGGAGAACGUGGAGAACCUCCUGAAGAACAGGAAUUUCUGGGUGCUGCGGCUGCCCCCCGGCCCCCGGGGCGAGGUCCCCAAGGUGCCGGUGACGUUUGUUGACAUCGCCGUCUACUUCUCGGCGGAGGAGUGGAAGAACCUGGAGGAGUGGCAGAAGGAGCUGUACAACAACCUGGUGAAGGAGAACUACGAGGCUUUGCUCUCCCUGGACGGUGCCCUCUCCAGGAGUGAGGCUCAGCCCCGCAGUGAGCGCGGGGAAGGGCCCUGUGUCCCCGAGCAGCGGGAGCUGGAGCAGCGGGAGCUGCCGCCGGACACCUGCGCAGAGUCGCUGAUCUCCACCUCCGACAUCCUGUCCCGGAUCAAGCAGGAGGUGGCCUUUGUGGGGGAGCAGCAGUUCCCGGAGGAGCGGGGGAUGCCCCCGGACCCCUGUGCAGGCGCGGACGCCCUGAUCACCGCGCACGACUUCUUGUCGUGGAUCAAGCAGGAGGAGGAGCCCUGUGUCCGUGAGCCCUGGGAGCUGCCGGACAGGGAGAUGCUGCCCCCGGGUCCCGGUCCUGCCGGCGAGGGGCUGCUGGUGAAGACGGAGGAGCGGUGCCCCCACGCCGAGCCCCCCGAGGAGGUGGGUUUGCCGGGCGGCUCCGGGGAGCUGCUCUUCCCCGGCACGGGCUUCGGGACCCCCGAGGGACAGGCGGCGGUGCCAGCGGCCGUGGCUCUGCCGGCGCAGCACAGACUGGGCAAAGCUCCGGGCCCCGAGCCGGGCCCGGGCGCCGAGAGCGGGGCGGUCCCCGCGGCGCCGCCGGGACCCGCCGAGGAGCGCCCGCACGGCUGUGCCGAGUGCGGGAAGAGCUUCAGCGGGAAGAAGAGCCUGCGGAUCCACCAGCGCAGCCACGCGGCCGAGCGGCCCUACCCCUGCGCCGAGUGCGGCAAGAGCUUCAAUUGCCACUCGGGGCUGGUGCGGCACCAGAUGAUCCACCGCGGGGAGCGGCCCUACAAGUGCUCCGAGUGCGGCAAGUGCUACAGCCGCAAGGAGCACCUGCAGAACCACCAGCGGCUGCACACCGGGGAGCGCCCCUUCGCCUGCGCCCAGUGCGGCAAGAGCUUCAUCCGCAAGCAGAACCUGCUCAAGCACCAGCGCAUCCACACCGGGGAGCGCCCGUACCAGUGCCCGGCCUGCGGCCGCAGCUUCCGCUACAAGGAAUCCCUCAAGGACCACCAGCGGGUCCACGGGGCCGAGGCGGGGCCGCCCCCGCUGCCCCCGCCCGGGAUCAUGCCCCCCGGGGAUUAGGGGUUCCCCCCCGCCGCGGACUGACACCCCCCGGGACGGGGACGGGCACCGGCCACGCAGCUUCCCACCAAAUCGAGGUGCCCGGCCGGGGCGGGGGCGCGCGGGGACCCCCAGGGGGGUCGUGCACCCCUCGGUCCCUCGCCGUGGACGGACACUUCGGCCCCCAGCGCUCCCCCCACAGACAAUGCCGCUGCACGGGGUGGGGAGCAGCCCCCCCCGCCGUGCCCCCCCCGCGCCACCCCCCGCCUGCCGCUCUGUCCCCCCGGCCCCCGCUGCUUAUUUUUACUGCCCCCCGCCCCCCGUCCCGCUGUACAGUGCUUGGGGUGUAGUUUUGUAUGGACGAAGCGAUCCGGAAUAAAGUCGUGCUGGGCUGCA